GAGGAAGCGGAACUCUGGGACCUGGGUCUGAAAAGCGAGUCAGCUUCCCUGCCGCACCCCGAGCUCGCAGCGGCGCAGCGCUCCCAUGUCGUGGCCUGCGCUCCUCGGCCACGCUACAACGCUCACGCUCCCGACCACCGGCGCCUCCGCGCGCCUCCUCCGUCCCGGCGCCCGGCAACUCCUCGUCCGCGGUAUAUCCAGAGCCGCCGCUGCGACGCCUCACGCCGCCGCAUCCCCGGGCAUCGCCUGCUCCCGCCACUCAUCCGUGGCCGCCGCCCCCUCCACCUCCCCACGGCAUGCAGGCGGCGCCUGCGACCUCGUGGCGCUCACCCUCACUGCUUCCGCGGUUGCAGUAUCUGCAUGCUUGAUAUUCUUUGCGGCAAUUCGCUCUAUGCUGGCAUGUAAGAGGGAGGCAGAGUUUCUCGAGAAAUACUUUGAUUCAGCAAGAAAGAAACUACCUGAAUCUAUGGCUUCAUUGAGACUGGUUGGACGGGAGUUCGGUGACUUGGCUGCGGAUCUUAGUGAUCUAAGUCAAGAAAUGACAAAGGGUGUAAGAAGUUCCAUGAGCAUCGUUCAUACUGCCGAUGCUCAACUUCACCAGCCGACGCCCUCUGCCCUGCCAGGGACCGCGCGGAGGAUGUAUAAUCAGAAGAAGGUGGCAGAGGAGCCGUUGCUGGCUAGCACCUUGAGAGAUCUGCGUGAGUUGAUUAAAGGCAUCCGAUCAGGACUUGGAGCAACGGCCGGAAUGGCCGACCUUUUCAUGUGGGCCUCGAACUUUUUUGGUUCAAAGCGCAGUAAGAAACGCUCAUAGUGUAAAAGUAUGUUUUUUUAACAAAUAAUACAUCCAAAUAUGUUCACAUCCACGCACGCACACCCCAGUAUAAACAAAUGGUGAUGAUGAAGAUCUGUAUAGUAGUAUGUUGUUGUUUAGCAA